AUGGACCCUAGAGUCGAGCACCGGGCAUCGCCAGGUACGGUGACCUUGGUCGACAUCACUGGGUCGAUAGAGGCCAAACACAGCUCCAACCGCAAAGACAUUGUUCUCAACCCAACCCCCAGCGCGGACCCCAAUGAUCCUUUGAACUGGAGUUUACAUCGGAAGUGGAGAGCUACCUUGUGCGCCCUUCUCUACACCUGGUGUGUGUGCGUUUCUUCUUCGGCCUGCUACUCUGUCUUCGGGCCGAUAUACGAGCAGAGCGGUAUUAGUUUCACCAAGCUGAAUGAAGGAACUGGGUAUAUGUACCUGCUGUUCGGCUGGGCGUUACUGCUAUGGAUUCCGCUGGCUUUGAGUUAUGGGAGGAGGGGGGUAUACUUGACCUCCUUGCUGGGAACUUCAAUGAUGAAUAUUUGGGCGGGCUAUGCCGCAGACAAUCCCAAAUGGAUUGCGACGAGAAUCCUCAUCGGCUUCUUCGGCGCUCCUUCCGAGGCUUUGGCAGAGGUUACUAUGACUGAUUUGUGGUUCACACACGAACGUGGCACGUAUAUGGGUUUAUACGUGAUCGCCCUCUAUGGAGGUCAACUGGGAGCUGUUCCUGCCGGUUUCAUCAACGAUUCCUGGGGUUGGCCGUGGGUUUUGUUUUGGUGCGCCAUUCUCAAUGCCAUCGGAUUUCUUGUGUGUUUCUUCUUCAUGGAAGAAACCAUGUACCAUCGCCCAGCCCCUGUCACCACCACCAGUGAAUAUCCGACGACAACACAGGAGACGCUCACAGACAAGAAGAAUCCCGACACAGAGACUGGCGCUGCCACUGACUUCUCGAGCGAGACAGCCUAUCCUGUCAAGUCAUAUUGGCAAAAGUUGGCACCAUUCGUUGGACGAAAUGGUCGCCCGACCAAUUUCUUGCAACUGGUCUAUCGCCCGUUUCUCAUGAUGAGGUUUCCAGUUGUUAUUUUUGCUGGAUUCAUCUAUGGCUGCUAUCUUUGCUGGUUUGCAUUGGUUAAUGCGGUAGUAAGCAUAUUCUUCGCUGGGGCGCCUUACAACUUCGCGGCUAGCAUUGUUGGAUUGACUUAUAUUGCUGAGCUUCUGGGGACCUACACCGCUGGAUUCUGUGCGGGCAAGCUUGCAGACAUGUUGAGUAUUCAUCUCGCCAGGAGAAACGGCGGUAUCAUGGAGCCAGAAUUCCGCUUAUGGCUGUAUGGAGUUGGCUGUAUCCUAACCCCAUUAGGACUCUUGUUGUUCGGUGUCGGCGACGCUCAUGGCUUAAGCUGGGUGGCUCUGGCCUUUGGAAUGGCCAUGAUCGGGUUUGUGGGGCCUGCCUGCGGUGCUCUCGCAGUGAGUUACGUCUUUGACUGCUACCGUGAACUUGGAGGCGAGGUGAUCAUCGCCGUCAUUCUCAUACGCAACACAAUGAACUUUGGUUUCAAUUAUGGUGUGACUCCAUGGCUCGACCACAAUGGGCCUCAGAACAUGUUCAUCAUAGCAGCAGUCCUUGCUUUGGUUACCACAGCUUCGUUUUUGAUUAUGACCACAUGGGGGAAACGGAUGAGAAUGAACAGUGCUGAUUUAUAUUGGAAAUAUGUCGAGCAACGCGGUACUCACUGA